AUGAGUUUAGAAGCUUCUCUUCUCGACGCGCUCGGGGACGCGGACGCCAGGUGUGUGGAGUCUCUGCUGCGUCUCGGAGCCAACCCCAACAGGAUCGUCCGCGACGGAGUGGCUGCGGUUCAUUUAGCUGCGGAAGAGUCUGAGAAAGGACUGCGCUGCCUCAAACUCAUUCUGCAGCACGGAGCGGAUCCCAACCUCAGGACUACUGAUGAUCUGACUCCUUUACAUAUUUCUGCAUCUUGGGGGUGUUUUCAGAAUCUCAAAUUACUCUUAAAGAACGGCGGAAACCCAAACCUCACAGAUCAAGAUGGCAAUAAACCGUCUGAUCUGGCAGAGCAGGAGGAGAACAGUAAAUGUGCGAGUCUUCUUCAAGAGUAUGAAUCCCAUGCUUCUAAAGAGGAGGAAGACACGGCCAAAUUCCAGUAUUCUAUCCUCUCUGGACAGUCUAUGAUUGACAGUUCAUUCAGUCCAGAAACUUCAAAGCUUAUUCCCCCUGCAGCAGAACCAUUGAGCAGCACACGUCUGUCCUCUUUUUCCAGCACUUGUAGAGUCAGUGGAAAACCUUUGGACUUCUGGCUCUCAGAUAUGUCAGAUCUAGAAUCACAUGAUUCUCACGCUUGCACUAAUGAUGAAAUGCAUAAGGAAUUACCGAUGCUGUCUAGUACUUGUCUCUCUGCUGUGGACAAUAAGAACAAUCCAGGGAUAGUGUGGACCACAGAUAGUGACUGUGAUGUUUCUCACAAUAUCCCUGUUUUGUCUCAAGGGCAAAACCGGAAGAGUGUUACCUUCAAGGGAAGUGUUGAUUAUUUACCUGUUAUGAGCCCGGAUGAUCAUCAGUCAAGUGAUCUUACGUUGGAUCUUUCUCAGUACUCAGAUUUCUUAGACACUAAGCGUAUGGCAACUGUGUUACAGAAUCAGGGAAUCGAUGUCACGUGUCCUGAUGACGUAUUCAUUUUUUCCAAAGAACUCAACACAGUGGUAGAAGAAUUUGAUAAGACUGUUUUGGGACCUGUACAACAAGAUGAUGAUGAUGAUGAAGAUGAAUUUAAGAGCAUCAUUCAGCCGCCUAUCAGCAGUGGAUCCAGCGAGUACAACAGCUGUAGCAGUGACCCGUACCAGAGCCCCAGCACUGAAAAGAGCACAAGUCCAACUUUAACCCAACCCUGCGCCCACAAAUCAGAUUUGACUGUAGAGCAGUUUGGCUUCGAUGUUAGACAUCAGAGUCUUGCUUCUGAUGAUAAUGAAAACAGACAGCUAAAAGAAAUUGGGAGGCAUAUCAAACAAUCAAGUUUAUCUACAACUGGUCAAGAUGCUACUAAGCUUGAGGUGACCAGUACUGAUGCUGUUUGUAUUCCAAGUCCAUUUGUCACUGGGAGAACAAGGUCCAGGUUGAGUCGUCAUUCAGAGAGAAUGAGCCAAAAAUUGGCUUCCGUUCAAACCAGCUCUUGUCUCUUUGAACAGUCGCUGCCAACUCCUACCCGUUUGCGCCGUAACACUGUUAAGUCACUUUAUGGUACGUCAAAGCACAGUCUUGAUGAAGACAAUAUGGCCGAUGUUGACUCACAGUUGAGCUCUCUGAAAUUAUCUGCAAGCUCAGAUGGUCAAAGCCAAGCUGACACACUAAUCUUAUCUGACAGCAUGGCGGACACAGUGUUCAUUUCGGAAAGGAUUGUUGAAUCACAGUUUGAGAGUGUGUUUGAGGCCAGUCCUGAACGCUUGUCUGGUCAGCCAGAAGUGAAGAAAACCACAACAGGAACACCACAGAUCUUCCCUACUGCUGUAGGAGACGAAGAGUCCAGUGUUACGUAUCAAGGGACUUUGCCAUUUCAUGUAGAUAGCUCAGAAUCUGCCUCCAGCUUGAUGUAUGAUUCCCCAAAAGCUCCAAAAAAUUCAUGGCGCUCUGGAUGUACUCCUCGGUAUAGCAUGAGCCGGCUGUCGGGCCGUUUGCAUCAGGCACAGGGAAAUCUUUCUUGCACAUCUGCUGGACAGCCCUUAACUACUGAUAUGGAUGAGCCUGUGGAAUACCUUUAUACUGAUACCGAAGAGGGCCAUGAGCUCAUUGAGACACAUGUUCCCCCAACAGCCAAUACGUCCUUCAGCUCUAGCACAAGCACCAGUAACUCUGAAGACACACUGCUUUAUGACUGGCGCUCCCUUCAGCUCGGGUCUACAAGUCCAGACCGCACUACAGACAGAUAUUGUCCCAAACAGGAGAGUGAUUUUGUAGUAAGUGGGCUAACUGACAAGGACCUUAGAAACAAGUUAAUUGAAAUGGGAGAGGAUCCAGGACCCAUAAACAGUCAAACCCGUCCUCUGUACAUACAGAAGUUGAAGAGAUCCCUUCAGAAUAUACCACACAGCCAGAGAUCAGUCUCCGUGAGCCCCAGUGCUGCAGGUUACAGCCCAGAACUCGAAAAUGUGCUUCACAGAUUCAUACUUCCUAAUUGUCAAGCAGAUGAGCUCGCCCUGUGUGAGCAGUUUGAUAAGCCAGAUCAGAAUAAGAGAUGGCGUGAAGGUUUCAUUAAAUCCAGCUUUAACUACCUGCUGCUUGACCCACGAGUGACAAAGAAUCUACCAUAUCGAAGUCAGACCAUGAAUCCUAAAGAAUGUUUUCAGACGUUCAUCAGUGCUGUUUUCUAUGUUGGAAAGGGCAAGCGUUCUAGACCUUACAGUCACCUCUAUGAAGCACUAGAAUAUUUCAAAGGAGAUAAGACUUCCAAGAAACUCUGCUCAAAAGUGCAGCACAUCCUGCAGGUCUGGAAUGCUGGGCAUGGAGUGAUAUCCCUGCACUGUUUCCAAAAUGUCAUAGCUGUGGAAGCCUACACACGUGAGGCCUGUAUGGUAGAUGCCAUCGGGCUGAAGAUGCUCACGAACCAGAAAAGAGGAGACUACUAUGGUGUGGUGUCGACUUGGCCUGUGCGGAGAAAACGGGAGUUAGGGGUUCACCUGUUGUACAGGGCUAUGCAGAUCUUUUUGGCUGAAGGAGAGCGACAGCUCCGACCUGCUGACAUCAGAUGAACCAUAGAUGCUGUGGCAUUACAGAAACCAUUCUUUUACUUUCGUUUACUAUUCCAAAAACAUUACCUUCAAUAAAUAUCAACACAUUAUAAUCAGUUACUGUGCUACUGCAGGGAAAAAAGCAUUACUGUCUGUAGUAGUUAAAAAAAACAAACAAACACAUCAGCUGUUGCGUUUCUAAAUUUUAUUUAUAUUUUAAUCGUUGUGGAUUAUUGUAUUGAUGCCCUGUUGUAAUGCAAAUAAUGAGCUUCAUGCAAUGUACAUAUCUCUAGUAGUGGUGGAUUUGUUUUUAAUGCGUAUGCAGUUACAUUACGUAUAUCAUUUUGACAGUUUUUAUUUUCAUUUACAAUUGAACAUUUAGAAUUAGUUUGCUCUGUUUUUUUUUAGCUUCAAGCUAGCUGUACAAUAGAACUUGAUAAAAGCUAGGCUGAUUAAACCGCUUGUUUAUACUGGCAAAGAAAGCAAUCAGUGUACAAAAAAAACUUGGAAUUAAAAAGUCUUUAAAGAAUUAA